UUCAUUUUACCAGAAACAGUCCAUUUCCAUUUCCAUUCAAAUUCUGCCAUGGAUUCAGAUUCUGUAAACAAAAUCUCUAAGGCAUCAGUUAGCCUUAAUCUGAAUGACCAAACGAACUCAGGAAGAAGAAAGCAGCCCAAGUGGUUCAUUACUUUAAUCAUCUUUUUCAUUCUCAUCAUCGUCGCCAUCGUCUCUGUUUUAACGAUGAUUAAGCGAGAUUAUGAAUCUGAAUUACCUGCCAAUAAUCCAGAAAAGGCAAUCAAAUCCAUUUGCUCGCAGACUCCGUACUAUCAGACAUGCUUUAACUACAUGUCAAAUGCCCUCUACAAAGACAAAAAAUUAGGAUCAACAAAAAUCAACUCAUCGCAAGUAUUCUCCAUCUCACUUCAUACCGUAAUCAACGAGCUCCAGAAAGUCAGUUACUCACUCAAAUCCUCCGAUUCCUCUACUGAUAAGUCAACAAGUCACUGCAACUAUCUGUAUUUCAACAAAUCACUGAGUCAAUUGAAUAGUUAUUUGGCUAUUCAUGAAGAGAAAAACUCCAGAGCAACGAUGACUAUGAGAUCUGAAAUGCUUGACUGGCUCCGAACUGAAAGGCCCAAAAUUGCGAGAUGCUUGUAUUCAUUGGAGUUAGACAAGGGUUUGAACACAAAAAAAGCGAUCAAUUGCUUGAUGAUUCUGGUGAAUAUGAACAGCAUCUCUGAGAUGCUUAAUCCAUCAAUUAAUUUUUUCACUUUAGAUGCAUUUCAAAGCUCGGGGAAAAGUAUCGUCGCUUUACUUUUCUCAGAUCAGGAUUUUGUGGGAAUAGUAUGUAUUUUCGGCGUGCAGUUUAUUUUCUUGCUGUUUUUGGUUUGUAUUCUUUUACGUGUUUGGUGAUAAUAAUAAGCUUAUUAUUCAAUUUUGAUGUA